AUGGUGCAGAAACGACACGACAAAUGGCUGUGGCGUAGAGCUGAAUUGGGUGAGGUCGACAAGAUUUUUGCCACUACAUCGCCCGCCAGAGUGAUGGCCACAUGUGCCCAUCAUGUAUGGAUGGCACUCGAGAACGGGGUGGAAGUACGCAAUGCGCGUACGGCCGAACUCGUGCAUGCAUGGAAAACGGAGUCGUCAACAGAUAAAUCAGUCAAUGACAUUUGGGCAUUGCUUGCGGUAGGAACACAGGGCAAGGAGCCUCAGGUUUGGAUGGGCCUUUCGAACGGCAGUGUUGAGGUGUACAACGCUCAGUCCUUUGCCAUGGUGCGGCAGCUGAAUAAACAUGCUGGUGGAGUAUAUUGCCUUGCCGAGUUUGGUGGCUACGUGUACUCUGGGGGCAGUGACUUUAAAAUUGCGCAGUGGGACGUGAGAGACGGGCGACAUGUUCGAAUGUUACACGGGCAUACCAACUACGUUCGUUGUCUGUACGCGGAGGGGAGUGCCGUCGUGAGCGGUUCUGAUGACUGCACCGUACGUGUAUGGGAUGCGGGAUGUGGUGAGACGCAGCUCACCGGUCACUUUCAUGGUCGUGCGGGUGUCUCGGCUGUAUGUCGCGUCGGUGUCACAAUGUGGUCGGGUGACAACGAGGGGCGAGUCAUCGCCUGGAAGCUGAGCACAUGUGAGGCAUUGCGUGUG